UGCAAGACCGGUCACAUGUCACAUACGGUUUUGGAACAGAAACGCUCGAACCACCAUGCCGAGCGUGCGCCAGACGUCGGGCUAGUAGAGAAGAGGAGAUAUAUACUUUCUCUACGCGUUCUAUUGCACUCGAUAGUCGAUACUCGCCUAGCGCCAGAUAAAUCGUGGCUGGCUAGGAUCUCAGAUUUCUGUCGAGCGACUAUGGCAGAAAUAAAUAUCUUAGGAUGGGCUGACUAUCUUGUUAUAGCAAUUAUGCUGUGCAUAAGUAUUGGAAUUGGUAUUUAUUACAGAUUCAGUGGAGGACAUCAGAAAACUAUGGAGGAAUAUUUUAUUGCAAGUCGAUCAAUGGGCAUUGUACCUGUUGCCAUUGCUUUAGUGGUAUCUUUUAUGUCUGCUAUCACAUUGCUUGGAGUAUCUGCUGAGAAUUACACAUAUGGGACACAAUUUGUUGUAAUAAAUAUAUCGUAUUUAUUAGGCACUCCGAUUGUAUGUUAUGGAUUCUUACCAGUAUUCUUUAAAUUACAGGCGACCAGUGCCUAUGAGUACUUAGAAAAGCGUUUUGGAGUAAAAGCUAGGAUGAUGGGUAGUUUUAUUUACUGGAUUCAACUGCUUUUGUACUCAGGAGUGGUACUUUAUGCUCCUUCUUUAGCUUUGGAAGCCACAACAGGAUUUUCUAAGACUGCCAGUAUUAUUAUUAUCGGUCUUGUCUGUGCCUUUUAUUCGAGUAUAGGCGGUAUUAAGGCAGUGCUGAUAACCGAUGUAUUUCAAGCUUUACUUAUGUUUGCCGCUGUAUUUAUUGUUAUUGGCAUAGCUGCCAAUGAGGUAGGAGGUCUGGAACAGAUAUGGGAAAUAGCAAAGCAGGGGCAACGAAUCGAGUUUGAUAGCAUUUCUCUGGAUCCAACAGUAAGACAUACUUGGUGGUCUCUUAUCAUUGGUGGUUUAUGUACAUUUUUAUCGAUUUAUGGAGUGAACCAAGUACAAAUACAACGUACAUUAACUGUAAAAAAUAUACAGGCUUCACAAAAAGCCUUGUGGUUAUCUUGGCCUAUUCUGUCAAUUCUCUCAAUCGCAACUUGUUUCUCAGGAUUGGCAAUAUACAGUAAAUAUCAUAAUUGUGAUCCCAUUCUCCAGAAAAGGAUUUCAUCGCCUGAUAUGCUUAUGCCACUGUAUGUCAUGGACACAAUGUCUAGUAUACCUGGUCUAUCGGGUCUCUUUAUUGCAGGUAUCUUUAGUGCAGGGCUCAGCACAAUUUCUGCAGCGUUAAAUUCUCUAGCAGCAGUAACGUUAGAAGAUUAUAUGAAACCUAUAUACAGAAAGUGCACAGGGCGUGAAUUCUCUUCUACGAAGUCAACCUCUAUUGCUAAAGUACUUGCUUUUAUAUUUGGAAUUAUUUCCAUUGCUUUGGCAUUUUUAGCGCAAUUAUUGGGCGGAGUACUUCAAGCUGGCUUAACCAUUUUCGGAGUAGUCGGUGGUCCAUUAUUGGGUGUUUUCACCCUUGGCAUGGGCACCGAAUCAGCGACGGAGGGCGGUGUGAUAAUUAGUGCUCUUACGGUGCUUUCGUUUUUGUUUUGGAUCGCUUUCGGUCAACCGCGCCCGAUGCCACCAAUAUUGCCAACGACUAUCAAAGGCUGUGAUAUGAAUAAUACUCUCGCGAACGCAACAGUAUUUGUUUUACAAAACGUCACAAACUUUUCCAAGAGCGUUGGUGACAGUUCGUACUUUUAUUUAUAUCGCAUUUCAUACAUGUGGUAUGCUCCCCUUGGAUUUUUAUUAACGUUCUUCUUUGGUCUGUUUAUCAGUGGUUUGUCUCGUUUAUUUUUCAAAGAACAAAACGACAAAUUAGAUCCUAAUUUAUUCUUUCCUGUGAUAGCGCGACGUAUACGUUAUAGGCGAUGUAGAGAAGUAGAGAUCAAUGAUGUAACUAAUUGUACGUUACAGAGAAAGUAUUCUGUUAGCGAUGCGAUCCACAAGAACAGCAGUACCGAUAAAAUUUGUACAAAACUUAUAUCUGCAAAAAUGCGGCGGCAUCUCUUUGUCCUGUUUCUCUUCCUGUCGGCUUCAUCCGCGGAGCAGCGGCGCGGUGAUGAAAGCAAUGAGCAAAAAUGUCGAGAGGAGCAUCCUACUUUGCUCCAUUAUUUCUCAUGGGCGGAUUACGCGGUGUUGGCCACGAUGCUGCUAGUCUCGUGUCUGAUCGGCACUUUCUACGGUUUCUUUGCCAAGAAACAGGAGACCAGCCAGGAUUUCUUGCUCGGCGGCUCCAACAUGGGCACGUUCCCCACAGCGAUGUCGCUGGCCGCUAGCUUUAUCACGGCCAUCGAACUUCUGGGAAAUCCCGCGGAAAUGUACGGACAGGGUACUCAAUUCUGGAUGACUUGCUUCUCUUUCAUACUCGUGGUACCGAUCACCUCUAUUUUGUAUCUACCGGUGUUCAUGAAAUUAAGGCUGACUUCGAGCUACGAAUAUCUGCAGCUUCGCUUCAACCAGCAUUGCCGAUUGCUCGCGAGCGCACUGUAUAUGCUACAAAUGGUGUUGUACACGUCAGUGGCUGUAUAUGCACCUGCAUUAGCAUUAAGUCACGUCACGGGCCUAAAUACUUACAUAGCCGUAACUCUAGUCUACGUAGUCUGCAUUUUUUACGCCUCACAGGGUGGUAUGAAAGCUGUAAUAAUGACUGACACUUUCCAAGCCGCUGUUCUUAUCGGCUCAUUGUUCCUUAUCUUGGGUUAUGGAUUAUCGUGGGCUGGUGGAAGUGCGCUCGUUUGGCAGGACAAUGCGAAAUCUGGCAGGAUAGAAUUUUUCAAUAUGGAUCCCAGACCCACAGUGCGACACAGUUUCUGGAGCGUUGUCAUUGGAGGUACUUUUUACUGGACCACCAUGUUCUGCAGCAACCAAGCGUCCAUACAAAAGUAUCUCAGCGUCGAGAGCAUCUCGCAAGUAAGAAUAGCGCUAUGGGUAUCUUCGUUUGGCAUGAUCGUAAUUUAUAGCGUUAAUUUUCUGACUGGAAUGGUGUUGUACAGCACUUACAAAGACUGCGAUCCUUUAACCGCCGGAUAUAUAAGCGACCAGGAUCAAAUAUUACCGCUCUAUGUAAUGAAUGUUUUGGGAAGUCUUCGCGGAAUGCCGGGAUUUUUCGUCGCCGGUAUCUUCGCCGCAUCUCUCGGAACUGUUGCGAGCGCUCUGAAUUCUUUAGCAGCGAUUACCUGCGAGGAUAUCUUACACGGGCUUUUUCAGAUAGAUUUUCCGGCAAGUAAAGGCGCGGUUUACGCAAGAUGGAUCAGUACAUUUUUCGGAGUUCUCAGCUUUGCAUUGGUCUUCGUCGUAGAACGACUAGGUAGCGUUCUACAGGUUGCACUGUCUUUCAAUGGCAUGGUAGGCGGAGUGACUUUGGGAUUAUUUUCCUUGGGCAUGUUUGUGCCAUGGGCUAAUGCUAAAGGAGCAAUAAUAGGUGCUAUCACGAGUCUAGUAGCUGUGCUGUGGAUCGGAUUAGGCGCUCAAAUUGCAACUGUAAAUGGACAGAUUCAAUUGGAUAGUAAGCUUAUCUCAACUACGGGCUGUCCUUGCAACGAGACCAUAAUUAUCUCUAAUCAAUUCGAGAGCAGCGAUGAGAUUUCGUCUAUAUACAAGACCAGUUAUCUAUGGUACAGUGCAAUCGGCUGCAUAUUGACCAUAAUAGUGGGUGUGGCAGCGAGUUUUGCAACGGGCGCACAGAAUCCCACUGACGUUGAUCAGGACUACUUGAGUCCGCCGAUCGCAGCCAUGUUCCGUAUGCAGACGAAGCCUCGUGUUAAUGGGAAUGUCCAGGGUAUCUCCAACUUCGGCCUCGAGCUGGCGGACGAGAUGCAGCGACAAGCACCCGAAGUGAAAUCCUGAAGAACGCGGAGCGGCAACGAGAUCAUACAAUAGAUCGCAUCGGAUUGCGAAAUAGAUAUCAAUAGUGCGAAAAUAGUCGAGGUUUAAUUUAGCGAGUGUUAAAUUCUAUGACGGGGUAUUCAUUCCUGAAGGUUUAGCGAACAUUUAAAAAGCGCUUGAUCCUUUUUUCAGAAUAGAUUCAUUCUGAGAUGGCACAAAAGUUUGACAGAUGUUGUAAAGAUGUUUAAGAAGAGCUCUAAUUGUUCCAAAUUGUGUCUUUCAGAUUUGUGGAUUGUCUGGAUUUGGAUAAAAAAAAACUGCUCUUUGUAAUUUUAUAAUUUGCCAAUAUUAGUUUGAAGGGAAAAAAUCAGAUUUCCUAUAAUUAUUAUACAAAAGAAUACUCUACAUUUUUAAUCGCGGUAUUGUUGGGAUAUAAUCCCGGAUUUCUGCAAUAUGAACAAUUAAUUGAAUUAAUUCUAAUUAAUUAAUUCUUUAUGACAAAAUUGCAAGAAGUUUUAUUUUUUAUUCCAUCUUCUAUUUUUUACUUUAUAUCACUAUCAUUAAAAUCAAAGUCACUUACUUAAUGAAAUAAUAGAAGCUGCAAAUAUGGAUAAACAACGAAUUGAGAAGAAAUAGAUUUAGAGAAUAACUAGUAACAUAUAGAUGCAACCAAUGAAAAAGAAUACGAUCGAUCAAAAUACGUGAUUUUUUUAGUAUUACCACGCGUAUAUUUAAGAUUCUUUUAAAUACCGGUUAUAAUAUCAAAUAAAAAAUUUAAAAAUUAUUAAUUUUUUAAACAUUCAAAAAUUAUCUAUUUUUUAGCAGAGCAAUUAUUAUGUAAUUUUAUAUUUUAAGAAAGACAGAAAGAAUAAUUUAUGGCUAAAAAAUAAGAGAUUGCGAUACAAACUUGGUUACAGCAAUUUUUUGAGCGUUCUGUGUUGUGGAGAAAAUGGUUGUGCUAAUGUACGUCCGAAGCUAAAGAAUUUUUGUUGAUUGCGUACCUCGUGUUUACGUUGAGGAUGGCGUAAAAAAUGGGAGUUCGAAGUUUUAUUAAAAUCAAAAAUAUUGCGUAAAUUUUUAUUCAUGUCUUAUUUGAAUUCAUUAGAAUUCGUCAGAAUCUGUCUUAAGCCAUUUCGUGAUAAAUGAUUUCUCUUCAUAUUUGUUUAUUUAUUUAUUAGAAGAGAGAUUGAAAAUAUGUGUGAAAGAAAUAAAUAAUUUAAAUAAGUUGUUUUAUCAAAAUUAUAUUUAUGCCUUGCUUUGAAAUUAAAUUUAAUAAUCACACACACACACAAAAGAAAAUAUUUAUAAUUCCUUAUUAAAUAUUACGAGUAUUUUAGCCAAGAAAAGAUUAUUUGAGUUUAAUUUUCUUUUUCUUUAAAAUGUCAGAGAUUUUCUUAUAUUUUUAAUCGUUCUGUAUCUUACGCACAUUGCCUUACUUUAUGAAUUGUUUUUGUAUUUUAUGGAAACAAGAAUCCCUUCAGGGCGCAUUAAAGAUAUUUGAUUAUCUCAGAAUAUACUUUUAUUUCUUAUUUCGUAUAUAAUUUAUUAAAAAGACAACGCGAUUUUGCGGAUAUUUUAUGAUCAUAGAUACAAGUAUUAAAAUAUUAUUAUUUGUAAAUAAAUGAAUAUAAAUAAAAAGAACAUAACAAAUCUGA